AUGCAACAUAACCAGAGAGCUAUUGGCGCUAACUAAUUAAACUCAGGUAAGGUGGCGCUAAAAACAACAGCGAUUGCCCCGCCUAUUUCCGGUGCGAUGAGAACCUGCUUCAAUCAUGCGCAAGGGCUUAAACGUAAUACAAACAUUAACCCAAGUAAAACUUUAUGGUAUUGCACCAUCUUUGGAUGUGUAUACAAACUGGGAUAACUGUAAAGAUAUCCAAGACCCACCAGAGCUUCACGUAGGGUUUAGAAGUGGAAUUACAGUAAUAAAAAUCCAAGCUAUGUCAUUAGACCACGAAGACGAUGGGGUGGCGCCAACCGCACCAUUAAGCAUAGCUUCGCGCCAAUCAACAAAUUUGAGCAAGAUGGAUGAGAAGAGAAAGGCAACGCGUUGUGGGAGGAAAAUUACCACACAGAGCAAGUACAGCUCAGGUGAAUAUGUUGUAUCUGCACGCAAGAAUGUUCAGACUGAAAGUACAGCUAAUUCGUUAAAAAGACUUCAGCCUGCAAUACAGCAAACCAGUGAAACAGGAGGUGCGCCCACUUUGCAGAUUGCUCUUGACAAAGCAAAACUAACAAUAGAGAUGCAAAAGCAGAAGAUUCUUCAUCUUCAGGAAAAAGUUGACUCCCUGACAGAUGACAAACAUUUUCUCAGAGCAAGAUUGGAAGAUGCACUUCUGAGGCAUGAAGCCGUAAUGUCUCCUGCACAGACACUGUCUGCAUCUUCAUCCAAUACUGCUGCAUCCAAGGAGAAGGUGUCCAGUGAUGAAUCUUCUGAUUCCUCAGAAUCUUCAGAUUCAUCAGAUUCCGAACCAAGAACAAAGAAGAAGAAAAAGGAUAAAAAACAAAGAAACAAGAAAAAAUCCAAGAAACUGAGGGUUGAUUUUAGGAGAGUAAAAAACCCUGAAGACUCCAUCAAACGCUACCACAAAGUGUUACACCUGGUAAAUGGUGGCUUCACUAAAGCUGAAGCGUACAACAAAAUGAAUGUUGACAGAAACACAAUUGUCAUGCAAGCCCCCAUUGCUGAGUUGGCAGUUGCAAAUCCUGAAGAAUACAAAGCACUGAGAGCCACUUUUAAAAUGGGAGAAAGCAUCCAAAAAUUUUCUGAUGUCUGUCUUGCAAGGUGCCUGGAUCAGCCUAAUGUAGACAUGAUAAAAAAAUUGAAAGAGAGCAGUGCCCUUCUUGAUAUAUCAAAGAAGUGAGGUAUACUUGUUGCUUAAAGGGAUAGUACACCCAAAAAUGAAAAUUGUCAUUUACUCACCCUCAAGUAGUUCCAAAUCUGUAUGAGAUUUUUCUUCUGCUGAACACAAGGGAAGCUAUUUGGAUGAAUGUUUGCUACCAAACAGAUC